UAAAACACAGGGGCUGUGGCAGCACAGUGACCUUCCAGUCAGGUAAGUCUCAGCCAUGAUGAAGAUGCCUGCUCUGCUCUCUGCUGCCCUGCUGCUGCUGCUGCUGCUGCUCCCUGGGAAUCUGACUGAAAUAAGUGAACCAGUUCCCAUUGAGGUGGUGGUGGAGAACAGCUUACUAGGCACCGCUCCUGAGACCUUCAGCACUCAUGUGGUGUACAGAGGGAUCCUGCUGGGUGCACUGAAGAGACUCAUGAGCUCCGAUGCAAACUUUAAGUUCACGUACACCGAGGAUCCAAACUACGGCCCGUACCUGGAGAGUGUGAACGGAGUGGCUGGAAACGAUAAAGACCAUACGUACUGGGAGCUGCUGGUCAGGACUCCAGAUGGCAAAAUCAUAAGACCUGAUGUUGGCAUUGGAUGCUACAUUCCCAGUGCGAAGGAGCAAAUCAUUCUGAGAUUUACAACGUGGUGAAGAUUCAGCAGCCACUGACCAUCGACAUGAGAUCAGAGCCAGUGUUGGAACUGACCGUGUAUUUCAUAAGUGGUCUGUGACACUACAUGCAUCCAUGUCUAAUGCUGAGUAAGAAAAAAC